AUGAAGAAACUUUGGGUUAUUGGUACACAAACAAUUAAAACAAAACUUGGUAAAGCUGAACAAACUGAAGAUGAAGAAUUUUCCAUUCUCUCUAACAAGUUUAAAUCAGCAGAAAAGGCUUGUGAAAAUUUUGUUAAACAUUCUAAUCAAUUGAUUGAAAAUUUCCAUGCCUUUUCAACAACAUUGGCCUUUUUAGCAGAAGAUUUCCGUGAUGUUAAUACUCAAGGAUCAGCUAGAAUUGAACAAGCAGGUAUGGUCUUGGAAAAGGUAUCCAAAUCUGUUGAAACUAAUUGUGUUCUUCCAUUCCAAUCCAAUGUAACACAAACCGUUGUUAAUCCUGCUAACGAAUAUUUUGUUUUAUUCGAACCUGUUAAAAAGAUUUUUAAAGAAAGAAAAGAUUUAACACUUCAAUAUGAUUAUUAUAGACAACAAGUUGAAAAGUUAACUGAAAAACAAUCAAAGAAUCCACUUGAAUUACCAAAGGCUAAAGAGAAGAUGAAUACUUUUAAAGAAAAAUGGGAAGAAGUUAAUAUUAUGUGUAAACAACAUAUUUUAGAAAUUUUGGAAAAGGAACAAUCUGUUUAUGAACCUGCUAUACAACAACUUUGUGCAAAUUUAAUUGAAUGGAAUUCAGCAUUGUCUCAAACAAUGUUAGAAUUGAAGAAUCAUUCUUCCACUUUAAUUGUUUCACCUGUUCAAAGUAGUUCAUCCUCCAGCACUGCUAAUAGUAGCGCACAUAUUCAACCAACUUCAUCUCAAAGCAAGUCUAGAAGUGCAAGUGUUAUGGUUUCACCUAAUGUAUCAUCAUCAUCAUCAUUGAGUAUUCCAAAACAAUUUGAUUGUGAAUGGUUCUAUGUUGAUAGUAAUGUUGAAACUCAAGGUCCAGUUUCAUUCAAGGCUAUGCAACAAAAAUUCAAAUCAGGUGAAAUUCAAAGUGGUACCCAUGUUUAUGGUGGUGAUUUGAGUGAUUGGGUUCAAAUUAGAACUGUUGCUGGUCUUGAAGCUGCUCUUAAACAAUAAUUUUAUUCAAUAGAGAAAAUGAUUGUAUUUUUAUUCUAAUAAUAAAUUGUAUUAUUUAUU